AUGGUCCCCAAAAUCUCUAUGUUUGAUGUUGAUAGCUUUGUUUUUUUUCUUAAAAAGGCUGAUGAAGUGUCUAAAGAGGUGAAUGCAUGGGUUGAAAAGCAGACAAAUGGACUCAUCACUGAUCUUCUUCCACCAAAGUCUGUGUCUCCUUUGACUGAUUACAUAUUUGCUAACGCCCUGUUCUUCAACGGGAGGUGGGACAAACAGUUUGAUCCGUUGCUUACCAAAGAUUCUGACUUCCACCUCCUCGAUGGAACCAAAGUACGUGUGCCCUUCAUGACCGGUAACUUCAGGUACCAUCUCGAUGUUUACCCAAGUUUCAAGGUCCUAAAGCUACCUUACAGAAUGGGAAGUGACUGGAGAGAAGACGGUCGUGGUUUCUUGAUGCAAAUCUAUCUCCCUGAUGACAAAGAUGGGUUGCCUGCAAUGCUGGAGACGUUAGCUACCACCCCUGACGACAAGGAGAUUCCUAGCUACAGGGCAGAUAUGAAAGAACUCAAGCUUCCACGGUUUAAGUUUGGAUUUGGUUUCAAAGCCUCGGAAGCUCUGAAAGGUUUGGGGUUGAAUCUACCGUUGGAGACUAUCUUACACAAGUCUUGCAUUGAGGUUGAUGAAGUGGGAUCCAAAGCUGCUGCUGCUUUGAGGAGCAUCGGCGCUUGUGGUCCUGCGGAGAAGAAGUAUGACUUCGUGGCUGAUCAUCCUUUUCUCUUCCUUGUUAAAGAAUGGAGAAGUGGAGUGGUUCUGUUCCUUGGCCAAGUUCUUGAUCCUUCCAUGCAUUAA